AUGGCGAAGGCACAGUGGGUGACGAGCCACGGGUGGCACGAUCGCGAUAUUUCCUCGCCUCCUCAGUGUCCCCGGCAGCUGGUUACGGGUGAGGUUGACGCGCUGAUUUCGUUGAGAACUGUCGAUUGCUACAUAGACGCAUGGCAGAAAGCCGUGAUCCCUAGGCGGCAACCUCAUCCUCUGCUGACAAUUUCAUCCCGAUUCAAAUGGCUGAGAGGUCAAGGUGUUCCAUUUGGUGUCACUGCCGGGUUUGUUGCAAUACGUCCCAUUGUUUGGCUUUGCCGGGCUGUCAUUGAUAUGUCUGCAUUGAUUCUUGUUCGGGAUUUGAGACUGAAUUCGAAUAAGCAACGACACCUUUUUCGAGAUCCGAUUUAUGAGAGGCAAUCAACUCCUGGAGCAGAUCAGUCAAGCAUGCUCAUUAUGAUCAGAAGAACAAGUUCCGAGGACAGUGGAACAAGCCCACUGUGCUAUCCGACUCAGGGACCGCCGGACCGGGAUGUUGGAGGAGGUGGAAAUGACGGGAAUACCUUCAAGACCGCCAGUCGAGACCAGCUGGCAACACUAAAGUGCAGGCGCGUCAACGCCAUGCUCGACCCUUCCUUUCCCGCCAGCCCCCCGGUCGUCAUCCCCCACCAAUUCUCUACUGCUGCCUUUGCUGCAUUCUUUCUUCAACCUCUACGCAACGGACAAGUCACUACCUCUUUCGGCGAAAUGGGUAUCAAGCAUCUCUUCCAGAUCAUCAAGGAGGAGGCUCCCGAUGCGAUCAAGGAGGGAGAGAUCAAGGCGCACUUUGGUCGCAAAGUUGCCAUUGAUGCGUAG